UCAUGCCCAUCUCGCUUCUUCCAUAAAUGCCUCUCCCAUUUCUUCUCUUCCUUUUAACUCAAUUCAAAAAUGGAGCUUCAACUUGGCCUAUCUCUUCCCCUUCACCACCACCCCCUCCAUGGCGCUCCCACAAAUUGCAUCAAACAUCCACGCGUCACAAACGAGCUGCCCAACACUUCGCCUUUGCUAUCAUGGAAUGAUAAGCCUAAGGACGAAGACGACCCUGAUCGUCCACAACAGACACGCUCUUGCACCUUUCAAAUAGAUGAAGAGAAGAACCAUGGAGUCGGGUGGCCACCAAUUGGGUCAUGGAGGAAGAAGGUCCUUGACCAGCUACCUCACCCGCCACAGACGGUGGAGAACCGCCGUCCGAUAACAUCAUAGCACGUAACCAAAAUGGUGGACCAAACUUCAGGAUGGGAUAACUUGAAACAUACGUAUCGUUAUAGACAUAAAACAUAUGUACCUCGUUUAAAAUAUUUUAAUUUUUAAAAGUUUCAUUAUUACCCUUAAUACCAUAGUUUAUAUUUAUGGUAAGGGUUGUCUAUUUUCAACUAUACACUAUCUUAAUUUUGA